AUGGAUCCACGCGGUCUCGAUGCAGAAGAAAAGGCUCACCCUGAGCCAACCUCCACCCCAGUGGAAGAACAAGAGCCAGUCAAACAGCGUGGCUUGCUCUCUCGAAUUCACUACUAUGAAGAGGUGCUGGAUCACAAGUUAGGGAUUGAAUCACACAGCCUUGACAGGGUUCUUCCUGAAAAUCGUGAACCUCCUAACUCCCUGGCAAUGGCUUUCAUGUGGGCGUCUGCUACGAUGAACAUCAGUUGUUUUAGCACAGGGUUCUUGGGAAAAGAAUUUGGAUUGUCUUUGGGACAGACCAUUGCUAUCACCAUAUGUGCCACCUUCCUUGGUGCCGCUGUGACGGGUUGGUGCGCCACUAUGGGCCCUGGUACUGGUCUUCGUCAGGUUGCGAUCUCUAGAUAUUCUUUAGGAUAUUAUCCUUCAUCCAUUAUCGCUGCGUUGAACGUGAUCGAGCAACUCGGUUGGGCAUCUGUCAACUGCAUCACUGGCGGUCUCGCCCUCAGCGCCGUUUCCGAUGGCCGCGUGUCGAUUGCCGUGGGCGUGGUCAUUGUAGCGUGUGUCAGUUUUCUCUUCAGUUUCGUCGGUCUCAGGGGAGUCCUGAUGUAUGAGCAAUACGCUUGGAUUCUAUUCUUCAUUAUUUUCAUGAUCAUCUACGGCGAGUCUGCACAUCGAGCCAACCUAGCGGCCCCUGCUACAGUUACGGGUCUCACCAGGUCAGGAAAUGCUCUGAACUUGAUCGGUGUGAUCUACGGCUCCAGCGCAUCCUGGAGCUCCAUUGUCUCGGACUUUUACGUCCAUUACCCGGUCAACACCCCCAAGAUCAAGAUCUUCCUAUACACCACUUUGGGGAUCACGAUUCCAACCUGUAUCGGAAUGCUGCUUGGUGCCUGCAUCAGCUCGGCUUUGGAUACGAAUCCUGAAUGGGCUGACGCCUACGAGAACGGCAUCGGGGAGAUUCUGAAGACAAUUAUCUACCCUGGAGGAUUUGCCAAGUUUCUCUUGGUUCUUCUGGUUUUGUCUGGAAUUGGCGUCAAUUGCAUUGCUAUCUACUCAGGUGCGCUCUCUGCGCAGCUUUUUGCCAAGCCCUUUGCAAAAGUCCCACGGAUAGUCUGGUCGUUCAUCGUGUUCGUCUGCAUUCUCCUUCUCGGUAUCGCCGGUCGAGACCACCUGUUGGACGUCCUCGAGAACUUCCUGUCACUGCUGGGCUACUGGAACACGUCUUUCUUCGUGAUCUUGUUCACCGAGCACUAUCUAUUCCGUGGGGGUAGCCUCUCCAACUACGAUCUUGAUGCGUGGAAUACGCCAUCAAGAAUGCCUGUCGGUUAUGCGGGACUUACUGCUUUCCUUUGCGGUGCCGCUGGAUGGAUAGUCGGCAUGGUCGAAACCUACUAUGUAGGUGCUAUUGCGAAGAUGAUAGGUCAAGAUGGAGGAGACGUUGCCAACGAGUUAGCGUUCGUCUUCACCUCGGUUGCCUAUAUCCCUCUAAGGAAACUGGAACUCAAAUACGUUGGGAGGUAG